GGAAUGGACUUGUGGAUUUCAGUUGUAAUAACAGGACUUGUGUGUACACUGUAUACAACACUGGGCGGUAUUAAAGCUGUUGUUUGGACAGAUGCAUUCCAGCUGUGCAUUAUGGUGAUUAGUCUUCUGGCUGUGCUGAUUAAGGGAUCAAUCCACGUUGGAAGUUUUGGAAAGAUUUGGAACAUUGCAAAGAAUGGUGGCCGGACUAAUCUUUUUGACUUUGAUCCUGACCCAAGGAAAAGAUACACAUUUUGGACUGCGUGUUUUGGAGCUUUAUUUGGAUGGAUAUCACUAUAUGGCUGUAACCAAGUGCAAGUACAAAGAUACUUGGCUUGCAAGAGCGAGAAAGAAGCAAAAAAAGCUGUCAUCCUGAACUUGAUUAGUAUUUGUAUUCUGUUCACAAUAUCCUGCCUAUGUGGUUUAGUUAUGUACGCCGUUUACGAAAACUGUGACCCAAUAAAAGCGAACAGAGUUAACUCCACUGACGAGUUGACCCCCUUAUUAGUUAUGGAGCUGUUUCAUCAGAUGCCUGGAUUUCCUGGACUUUUUGUUGCCGGUGCAUACAGUGGCACUUUAAGCACAAUUUCUUCUGGCAUCAGUUCUUUGGCUGCUGUCUGUAUUGAAGAUUUUAUUAAACCAAUCUGGAAACCUUGGGGAGAACUUUCGAACAGGAAGAAGAUUCUGACCUCUAAACUCCUAGCAAUGACUUUUGGACUAGUUACAAUAGGCCUGACUGGAAUCAGUUCUCUCAUGGGAAGAAAUAUAAUUCAGGCAACGCUAACUUUUGAAGGAAUGAUCCUAGGACCCAUAUUAGGUGUAUUUACUUUAGCAGCAUUAUUUCCAAAGAGCAAUGGUAAGGGAGCAUGUGUGGGUUGGUUUGUUGGAGUAGCCUUGUCCACAUGGAUAGGGAUUGGUGGCCUGAUCUAUCCACCUUCUAGUGAAUUUAAAGAAUUACUCGAGACAUCAACAGCAGGCUGCAUGGAGAUUAAUACGACCACCUCUACCCCUGUGAAUGUAACAUCUCCAUUGACCACCAUAAUAUCUACCAAACAGGAAGAAAGGCCCUACAUAGCAGAGACUAUCUACUCGGUAUCAUUUUUCUACUACAGCCCGAUUGCGUGGCUGAGCACACUUAUAGUGGGUUUGGUAGUCAGUAUGCUGACUGGUGGAAAUGAGAAUCUGGAUCCUUGUCUGAUUGCUCCCAUAGUCCACACCGUUUACAAGUACAUCUUCAAAACCAAACCAAUCCCAUCAAUCGCAGAAACAAAUGACAACUUGAUCCAACACCCAAUGCCCAAGGAAAGUUCCAAAGACUGUGAGAAUUCAUCUGUUUUAACUGCUAUCCAAUCAACCAAGUUAUAAUAGUCACAGAGUCAUAUCGCACAGAAACAGACCCUUUGGUCCAACUGGUCCAUGCCGACUAUAAUCCCAAAUUAAGUUAGUCCCAUCUGCCUGCACUUGGCCCAAAUCCCUCCCAAUAUUUCUUAUUCACGUACUUAUCCAAAUGUAAUUUAGAACUCAACACAUUCAGUAUUUUUAAAAAACAAGGUUCCAAAAAAUCAAUAAUAAUCACCUUGAUAUAUAUAGUUAUGUUAUUCUUAUGUUCUCUUUUCCUCUGUGCUAUAAUCGAAUUGCCCAUUAGACUGGGACUAAAAUGUU